AGCAACCCUCGCCCUUUCAACGACAGGAAGCUGUCUUGCGGCGUUCCUCUGCUACUUCAAAGUGUGCUUCUUUGUGUGUGUGUGUGUGUGUGCGCGUGUAGACACACAGAGGAACAAGGAGACAUAUCUGACUUAAUAGACUACUGAUAAUAUCGUUACAGUCGGUGGUGAAACGUAAUUGCUAAAUAUCUUCUUUUCCAUAAAAGACCUAUGGCGGAACCUGAACUCUGAUGCGCGUGAAGACACAUUUUCCCACACAAAUAGAAAAGAUGGGAUGCAGCUGCAGUUCUGAUUACUCAGAUGCUGAAUGGAUCGAGAAUCUGGAUGAAAUCUGUGAGCACUGUAACUGUCCCAUACCUCCACAAUCGUGCAAACCAUACAUGGCUCAACUAAUUCCAUAUCCAUCACAUGGUUCGCCACCUUCAUCUCCUCUACCUGAGAACCUGGCAGUGGCUUGCUACAGCUAUGACCCCACCCAUGAUGGCGACCUGGGCUUUGAAAAGGGAGAAAAACUCAAGAUAAUUAACAAGGAUGAUCCAGAGUGGUAUUUGGCAGAGUCUCUCACCACAGGACAGAAGGGCUUCGUGCCACACAACUUCAUUGCAAUGACAACAGAGGAGACCGAACCGUGGUUCUUUAAGAACAUUUCGAGAAACGAUUCCAUGAGGCUCCUGCUCGCUCCCGGGAACACGAAGGGCUCCUUCUUGAUUCGUGAGAGUGAGACAACCCCAGGGUCUUUCUCCUUAUCAAUGAGGGACUUUGACCAAAACACGGGCGAUGAAGUGAAGCACUACAGGAUCCGUAACUUGGACAACGGUGGUUUCUACAUUACGACCAAGAUAUCUUUUAAUUCACUGAAGGAGCUCGUCCAGCAUCAUACACGCGAUGCAGACGGUUUGUGUGCUCGGUUGGUGAAGCCAUGCCAGUCGAGAGCUCCUCAGAAACCAUGGUGGCAAGAUGAGUGGGAGAUCCCCCGGGAGUCCCUGAAACUGGUGAAUAAGCUUGGUGCCGGCCAGUUUGGAGACGUCUGGAUGGGUUUAUACAAUAAUGACCGGAAGGUUGCCAUCAAGGGUCUGAAGAUCGGCACAAUGUCGACGGAAGCCUUCCUGGCCGAAGCCAAUGUGAUGAAGAACCUUCAGCAUCUUCGCCUGGUGCGCCUCUUCGCUGUGGUUAGCCAGGAGCCCAUCUAUAUUGUCACAGAGUUCAUGGAAAAUGGUAGCUUGCUGGAAUACCUAAAAACAACACAGGGGAGCAAUUUGUCUACGAAAACCUUGAUAGACAUGGCAUCCCAGGUAGCAGACGGUAUGGCUUACAUUGAGCAGCAGAAUUACAUCCAUAGGGACCUGCGGGCUGCCAACAUCCUGGUGUCCCAUGAGCUCAUCUGUAAAGUAGCAGACUUUGGACUUGCCAGACUCAUUGAGGACAGCGAAUACACGGCUCGGGAGGGAGCAAAGUUUCCCAUCAAGUGGACUGCCCCGGAAGCUAUAAACUAUGGAACAUUUUCCAUCAAGUCUGAUGUGUGGUCCUUUGGGGUCCUCUUAACAGAAGUAGUCACAUACGGACGCAUACCAUACCCUGGUAUGUCCAACCCUGAGGUGAUCCAGAACCUGGAGCAGGGCUACAGGAUGCCAAAGCCAGAAAAGUGUUCGGAUGGACUUUAUAAUAUUAUGUGUCUCUGCUGGAGGGAGAACCCAGAAACUAGACCCACCUUUGAGUACCUGAGGAGUGUUCUGGAGGACUUCUUUAUUGCCACAGAGCGUCAGUACCAGGAGUAGCCUUGAAUACUCAGUCACAUCCAAGUGUUAAUGCUGGAUCUGGUUGUCGGCUGCCUCUUGCAAAUCUUCAGCUCUAUAUUUCACCACAUUUGUUAAAGGAAUGUUUUACCAUUGUUUUCCUAACAAUGUGUGUUACUUUGAUUGUCUUUUUGUACAAUAAAUCAAUGAAUAAU